AUGCUUGGAUCAGCUUCGGCUUUAUUCGGAGAACAGAAGCGAGCAGCAGCGCACACUUCUACCUCAGGGGAGCAGCCACAAAGGAUUUUCUGCUCCCCGCUCUCAAUGUAUGGAUUACUGGAGCGAUGCAAAGAGCUGGUGGAAGCGGGAUAUGAUGUUCGGCAACCAGACAGAGAGAAUGUGACUCUCCUUCACUGGGCAGCAAUAAACAACAGGCAGGAGCUGGCUAGGUUUUAUAUUUCCAAAGGUGCAGUGGUGGAUCAGCUGGGUGGAGAUCUGAAUUCAACUCCACUUCACUGGGCCAUUAGGCAAGGACACCUGCCCAUGGUGAUUUUAUUGUUGAAGUGUGGUGCAGAUGCCAGCCUUAUCGAUGGGGAAGGAUUCAGUAGCAUUCAUUUAGCAGUGCUGUUUCAGCACAUGCCUGUUAUAGCUUACCUCAUAGCUAAAGGCCAG